AGCUCUUUGGCCACGGACAUAGGGACGUCGGCCGACAACGUCCCGGAAGCAUGAACACCAUGAAUGAAUCUUUAUUUCGGGACUUCAUGCAUCUGUGGAAUCAUCAACGUGCCAAGAGAAAGCCCCAUCAAGCCCGUCUAUCCCGACAAUCUUCUCGAGCAAAGAAGCCAAUUCACAGAGGAGCCAAUCUGACCCUCAGCAAUCACGUACGGUCACAUGAAUUCGUCGGUCGAGUAUUCACUCACUCACUCAGACAGCGAGGGGACGGCCAUGUAUGUACUCGAUUGCGCCUUGAGCUCAGCGCUGAAGGAAUCACGGCUUGUAACUGCGAGCAACAUCUUGCUGAGCCCGAUCCACAUGUCAGGCAGAAUGACGUGGCUGCGGCUGCGGCUGGUACUCACGUCCGAUAGAGACAUCACACGACGACUGUUGAACGCGAAGAGGCUGCCGAUGCGCUCUGCAUCCGAUCCCCAUGACUCUCGUGUGCGACCUCUGCAGUCCGAAAAGGAAAAGGCGACGAGGGUCGGUCAGCCAAGUCAGAGCGUCAGAGAUGAGGACGGAUGAGGUCAAACAAUUUCGAUCCCCGAUUGAAUAAUUGGAGCCUUUCGUUAGGCGGGAUUUUGGUCCAGGCAGUGAGCGUAUAAGGCAUCGAUUGGUCGUUGGAGCACAUGUGCGUUGGUUCAUGCAGUAGCAAUUGCCGUGAAAAUGGAUCAGAUUUUUGACGCGCGGCGUUUUCGUCCCCCGGCUUGUGCAAUGGUAGGCGUUUUGUACGUGUUGUCGCUGGCGGCGAGCGUGGCGCUAGCAACGAGCCGGGGCGAUUCCGUCUUAGCCUUGCCAGGUUCUGAAAGCUGGAUCUCUGCUAAAGCAAAACGUGAUGCGGACGCCAUCAUCAAGGAAGCCUUUUCCUCCAGCACGGUGUACGACAGAUUGGCUUAUAUCACAGACACAUUCGGCCCACGACUAAGCGGCUCAUCUGCUCUUGAGAGUGCACUAGAUUGGGCAAAGGACCAGGCACAAAAAGAUGGGCUCAAAGUCUACGAAGAGGAGGUGAAAAUUCCGAGCUGGGUUCGUGGCCGUGAGUACGCAUCUCUCCUAUCUCCACGAACCAAGAACAUUCGGAUUAUUGGAUUAGGAGGCAGCAUAAGUACUCCUGAUGGAAAGCCCCUGGUUGCAAAGGCUCUUGUUGUCAAUUCUUUUGAUGAGCUUGAGAAAAUCAAUCAUCAAGCUGAAGGAAGAAUUGUUGUCUUCAAUCCCGACUUCGUGGACUACGAUACCACAGUUCCUUAUCGCGCAUUUGCUGCUUCAACGGCUGAAAAAUAUGGGGCUGUCGCAGUCCUUGUGCGCUCCAUUUCUCCCUAUGGCUUGCAGACGGUUCACGCUGGAGUAAUGAAUGAUGCGGGUAUUCCUGCUGCUGCGAUAACGCUGGAAGAUGCAAAGAUGUUUGAAAGGAUGCAAAACCGUAAUCAGGACAUUGUUAUUGAGCUUUACAUGGAGGCUCACACUUUGCCCGAUCGGCUUUCCAGGAACGUGAUUAUUGAGAUGGAGGGAUGUGAAAAACCACAAGAGCUUGUUGUAUUCGGCGGUCACAUGGACAGUUGGGAUAAUGCUGAUGGUGCAAUGGAUGACGGAGGUGGAGCUUUUAUCUCGUGGGAGGUCAUUCGACUUUUGAAGGUGCUCGGCUUGAAGCCCAAACGCACUCUUCGAGCUAUUCUCUUCGUGAACGAGGAAAAUGGAUCAAAAGGUGCCAUCAGUUAUGCAAAUAAACAUCAACAUGAAGCCAAUUUAACGAGCUUGGCAAUUGAAUCAGAUGCUGGCACUUUCACUCCAUACGGCAUCUCAGUUACUAGUUCGAAAAAGGCGCGGGCUAUUUUGACACAUAUUGGCCAGCGACUGCUGAGUGGUAUCGGAAGUGGAAAUGUCUCCGGCACUGAAUAUGGAGAGGAUGUUUCUUACUUGGCAGAUCAAGGGGUACCAGCAGGAUCUUUGCAAGUCCUCGAUCCCAGAUAUGGGGAUUACGCCAACAAUCCAUGCAGAGCUUUUGGUGAUGGUGUUUCUGGAGAAACCGAUCCUAUGAAGAGUGCUUAUUUCUGGUAUCAUCACACAGAGGCAGAUACUAUAGACAAGCUAGACCCGGAACAACUCCAGCAUUGUGCUGCCACAAUGGCAAUAUGGACGUACACAGUAGCCAACCUAGACUCUCUGCUUCCCCGUUGAGAAGUGUUUACUUGUGGAGCCAUCAUCGCACUUCUUGGAGUCGUUCAUGACGGUGAUUAAGGUUUCAUCUUCCCUCCCACAGAGUAGUGGGUGCAUUCAAAUAAGUUCUGCGCUGAUCAGAUUCACCCCACCAUACAGCUGUAUCGGUCGUAGCACCUUGCUCCAAUGCCUGAAGGUUGUACUGAUCCUAUCAUAAGUCAGCUGAAAGAAAACUCGGCCCGAAUCUCUGCUGAAAUGGCGGCCCCGAGAGCAGCUGGUGCAGAUGAUCUCGUCCAUGUUUGUAGAUUGUCCGAGAGAUAGAUAGAUGGUCCACAAGUUUGUCACAUUUCGCACUCUAUUGAAAUAUCAGGAGAGUUUCCUUCCUGAGCCGAGCCUCUUCAAAAGUUCACCUUGAAACCGAAUGGGCAGGCAGCCAGAGCUGACCAACUGUGCGGUGGUCGUUCCUAGCGGUCUGCUUCAGAGUUAAUGGCAGAGUUCCAUCUUCUGAUGUCCCAAGAGCUGAGGCUCAGAUUGAGGAAGGAAAUCCUGUGCAUGGACUUGUGAGCAUGAGUCACUCAAAACAAAGAAUUCUCGAUGUUUGCGUUGUCUGUCUUGUUUCGUCGCCUGCAUGGAGUUUUUUCACUCGCAAGCACAUACAGUGGCAGGAGUUGCCUGAUCGAGGCUCUUCAUUCAAACUAUUUGGAUUUAGGAGCAGAAAAUGUGGACCGAUGGCGGACUAGGAACUAACAGAAGA